UGCGCAUCAGUUGUAGAUAUUUUCAUUCAGUAUACACAACAAAGAACGCAAAGCAGAGUUGGAAAAAUGACGGAUUUCGCAGAAAUUGAUAAAGUGAUAGAUGACAACCCGAAACUAGCAUAUGAACAGCUGAAGGAAAUUUACGACAGCAACGAAGAAAUGAAAACUGGUGUUAAUUUGUUAUGGCGAUUGGGCAAAGCAUGUUUCCUGUGGGCUAAUACUCUGCAAAAGAAGGAUCCGAAAAAAAAAUUGCUCAUUCUUGAAGGUCGAACUUAUGCCAAAUCAGCUUAUACAAAUGAUGAAAAUAGUGCUGAAGCACUCAGAUGGGCAGCAAUUUUGAUCGGUUCUGCAACCAAUUUCCUGGGACCCAAAGAAAAAAUUGAGCAGGGCAAGAUUUUCAAGGCAUAUUUGGAUCGCGCAAUAGAGAUGCAAUCGACUGAAUAUUCGUUGCUGCACUCACGUGGACGGUUUUCGUACGAAGUUGCCAAUCUUUCAUGGAUCGAGAAACGAUUAUGUACUGCAUUGUUUUCUGAAAUUCCUCAUGGUACUAUCGAUGAAGCUCUUAGCGAUUUUUUGGAGGCUGAAAAAUAUUCCCCAUUCGUAUGGCCGGAGAAUUUGCUCUACAUCGCACGAUGUUAUGCUGUAAUGAAAAACAAAGAACUUGCCAAGAAAUAUUUGGAAAAAGUGGAAAUGAUUGAACGGCUGGAUGAAGCUGAAGCGGAAGCACUAGUCGAAGUUAGAGCUGUAAUUUCUAAAUUAAAAUAAUACUCUAUCACUUUUUUAUACAGUUAUAUAGUCCUUGUCUUAUUGUUGGUUAGUUUAUAUCUAUUACUAUGAAAGCUUGAUUAUAAGCAUGGGAUAUCCAGGCAUGGUCUUUGGUAUUGGUGAC